AUGUAUAAAUAUGUAUAUGUAUGUGUGUAUGUACGUAUAUUUAGUAUGCUUGAAACCAAAGCACAUAAGGAUGUAUUCUGUUGGAAUCCUUCAGGUACAAGUUUUUUAGUAAAGGAUACUACUGAAUUUACAAAAGUUAUUCUUCCAAAGUAUUUUAAACAUUGUAAUUUUGCAAGUUUUGUACGUCAAUUAAACAAAUAUGAUUUUCAUAAAGUGAGAAGCAAUAAAGCAAACGACACUAUUCAAAAAUUAAACGGAGAUCAAGUUUGGGAAUUUGAACACACAUCCUUUAAACGGGACAGAAAAGAUUUAUUAAAAAAUAUUAAAAGAAAGGCAACAAAGAAGAAAAUAAAAGCAGAAGAUGACGACACUAUAGAUGAUGAUAUGGUUAGACUAGAGUCAGCUUCAUUUUCACCUAAUAUUAUAACUGAGGAUAAUGAUGAUGAUGUUGAUUAUGAUGAACUAUUAAGAUUAACAAGAAAUCUUCAAUCAGAAAUAGAUGAAUUAAAGCAAUCUCAUGUUAAUUUAGAAACAACAAUAACUCAUAUAAAUAAAAAGGAAGAAUUGAUUCUAAAUGAAUUUUCAUUCUUCCGAAACAAUAUGAAGGCAAAAGACGAACUUUUGAAAGAAUGUAUGAAAUUAAAUCAAGAAAAGGUGAAAAUUGAAAAAGUAGACAUUCAUCCUUCCUCCAAUCAUAAUACUUCUUGGAAUGAACAGCAGCGAUCAACAACUAUGGCUACACCUCUUGAAAGUCUUCUUACAGACAUCUUUUUACCAACUCCAACUCCACCUCCUCCACCUCCUCAUUUUCAACAGCAACAACAAAAUGCAUUAGAUAAUACAACAGUUUCUUCUUCUUCUAUCUCUGCAGUAAAAAAUUCACAAUUACAUAAUGAAAAUGCUAUUAAAACAUCAAAUAAUGUAUCUUCUCUUUUAACUCUGAACCCGCCAACAUCUCAUUUAGCUCAGCAUAUACCUACUAGUAUAUCAUCUCAGGUAUCUAAUAUACCAUAUAAUGACAAAGGUAAAAAGAGAAUGUUAGUCAAUUGGGCAACUCCACCUCGUAUAUUACUUGUAGAUGAUGAUGCUGUUUAUCGAGAUAUGUGUGGACGUAUGUUAAAUAUGGUAGGCUGUUCAAUCAAUUUAGCAAAGAAUGGUAUAGAAGCAUUACAUAAAUUGAGUCAUGAAAAAUUUGAUUUGAUUUUAAUGGAUAUUGUUAUGCCUGAAAUGGAUGGUAUUGCAACUACAAGAAAUAUUAGACGUUAUGAUUCUUUAACUCCUAUUGUAUCCAUGACUUCUAAUUUCUCUCAUGAUGAUAUCUUACAAUAUAUUGGAAUUGGUAUGAACGAUAUUCUACCAAAGCCAUUCUCGAAGAAUACUUUAUAUGACAUAUUAGAAAAGCAUUGUGCUCAUUUAAAAAUUACAAACAAUCAAGAAGAAAAAGCAGCAACAGCAGAAGAAGAAGAAGGAGAAGAAGAAAGAGAAGAAGAAUCAACAAUAAAUAACAAGAACAUGUUAAUGCAUCAACAACCUUCUCCACCUACUACAAUACCUUCUUUAUUGUUAGAUAACCCUACUUCUACGUCAUCUAAACCUUCUUCUAGUAAUCAUUAUCCUUUCCAUCACAAUUACUCUACAAUAUCCACUACUUCUCAAACAAUACCAGCUCAGAGUAAUCAUGAUCCUUAUUGGCAAUCAACAAUGUUAAAUAAUAAAAAGCUUACUUGGUCUUCUUUAUCUCAACAACAACAACAACAGCCAAGUAAAAGACAUAGAUUAAAUGACUUGUAUGAUACUACGCCUUCAUUAUACUAA